CUAAAAACCAGCACACUUCUUGGAAAUUCUGACCAGUUUGCUGCCUUGUGAUUAUAUGAGGACUACAGUUCUUCACGGCCUCAGUCUGAUUUUCAUUUUGUUUCUACCUUAACAUCUGAAGUUUGAAGACUGCUUACAUACAUGGUUUUAUCUUGUCUCACUGCUAUCUGAGACCCUUGGUUCAAUACUAUAUUUAUCUCAAUGAUGCAUAUGCAAGAAAAACAUUUGGAAUCAAAUUCACUGCACUUUGCAUCAGCACUUGGUGCUGUGCAGACCCAACUCCUGUCUGUUCUUUCUGCACAAUUUCUUCAGCUUAUCUCAUGAACAUCUUUAUUUAGCAGAUUCGGAGCUAAGUCAGCAACCAGUAGCCAGGUAUUCCAGCAGAUUUUUUUUAAAGUGGCAAGAAAGGAUUAAACUCCAUCGACCAUGCCGUUAGCUGGAACCCCCGCACCCGCCAAGAGGAAAAAGUCAUCGAGAAUCAUCACAAAAGCGCUGAAGGAAGCCGGAGCCGAGAUUAACCUCGGGAAGAAGAUAAGCAUCCCCCGGGAUGUGAUGUUGGAGGAAUUGUCACUGCUGAAGAAUAAAGGAUCUCAGAUGUUUAAAGAGCGGCAGCGCAGGGUCGAGAGAUUCAUCUACGAGUCACACCCCGACGUCUUUAACCCCGAUUCGAUGGACAACUUCCAGAAAUUCCUCCCUGGCUCUGGUGUUGUGCUGAAGACUGGGCCAGGUGGUAUCCAGGUGAUUGGAGGGAUGGACUCCAAAUUCCAAAGUGGGUACAGCCUGCAUGGAACACAUUCAAAGGGCACAGCACCAGCACCUCAACCCAAACCUCAACAUCUUGCGGCUGUCUCUGGAAUCAUUGGGAAACAAGGAAGUGGCCAAGGAGAUGGAGGGAGCGGAGGGGCUGGAGGUCCAGAGGGAAGUGGGGUUCAGGGUGGAGGUGUUGAUAGGAAGGGAACUGGAGGAGGAGGAGGCAAAAAGCAUACAUCGACAAUCAAAACUUAUGUGUCACCCUGGGAACAGGCCAUGGGGAAUGAUCCGGAACUGAAGUCCACCAUGAGUCUUCAUAUGGAACCACCAGGUGCUCCAGCCAAACUUCGUGCCUUUAAGUGUUUUAACAGAACUGCUAUGCCCUAUGGAGGGUUUGAAAAGGCAGUGAAACUGAUGACUUUUCAGCUCCCAGAGUUUGAAGCCACUCUUCCAGAGCCUGAGCCGGUGCUCGUGUUCCACCAAGACAUCAGCACUCGGCCCAACUUCAACAGGACGCCUCUGGGCUGGACUCCAACAAGCACAGAUAAUUUGAUUAACCUUGGAAUAGAUCUCGAGUUUAACGCUGAAACUGAUGAUCUGUAGAGCCCUUGGACAAGUGCCAUGAAGCCAGCUGUUUCCAGCACUCAGUUGGCCUUUGCACAGGAGCACUUGGAAAACAUUGGAUUAAAAGUGGCACUUGGCUAAUAAUCAUCACUGCAUAAAAUACAUAUUCUUUAAAAGCUGGUCAUUUCACCCCUAUUCAAUUUCAAUGCAUUUUGUAAUUUUACCGUAUACUGAUCAAGAACAACUUUUGGGUUCUUGUGACAGAUGGAAUCUAUAUGGUUUAACUAAACUUAAAUAAAGUCAAAGAUGGUGGAUAUACAUUUAUGGCUUACGAAUGCCUCUAUUUAUUGUCAAGCAACAAUUUUCUAAAUGAAAUAAAAUGUCAACAAAACCAGAGUCUAUUUUG